AUGGUUACUACGCGUUCCAAAACCAAGACUACAGCAGCUACUACAGUUGCUCAAAAGUCACGAACCACACCCACCCAACCAAAGCGUCUUUCACAGGCUAAAACACCUGGUGCACCCUCGAAGAGAAAGCGAACCAAAGCACAUGAUGACAGUCCGAUUCCAUGCAAGAUCAUAAAGACAGAACACUCAUCGCCUCAAGCCCCCGACUGGUUACCGGACUUCAUCGAUGAGGAGGCUGAUGAGAACCCUUUCCCUCAAUCGCCUACCGGAUCAGGCUACGAGGGCGAUGAAGAGGCUUCAACCAUCGAGGAAGAAUAUGAGGAAGAGCUUGACUUUGGCAUCAAAUCUUUCGGCCAGGAUACUUUUGCCAAGGAUUGGUCAGAGGCUGAAGCCGAGAAGGAUCUCGAGUACUUCCAGGCCUAUCCUCAUGACCGAGACGCAACUCUGUGUGUUGACCACUUUCUCGAGCUUGCAGAGUCCUGGUACUUCCGACGCAAGCCCCUGGUCAGCGAACAACUACGCGCUCGUCUGAAAGGACACAUGUCUUCCAAACCUGACUUUUCAGGCUUUGCUCUUCCCAUUGACGAAAACACGUGGACUAUCAAGACCCUAGAAUCAUUCAUGGACGAGUUGCGCAAGAAGAUCGAAGACGCUAGUAGUCGGAUGCAUAAAGAGAAGAUGCGAGUCGUUGAGCUCACCCUCUCAUACCCUCUUUGUGAACUCGGAAACAGAGAGAACCCGAUGAAGUGUGCAAGAUGCCCCAGGCGGUCUAUCGAAAACUCUUCGGACGACACUACGCACAGGGCUCUUCCACAUUGCCGUCAAGGGCGGCUAUGGGAGCACGAACCAAUCGUUUCUUUCGAUCUUAAAGACCGCCUGAUAAAAAAGCUUCUCAACUGCGGUCACGAGUCACCUACUUUGAUUCUCGGGGGCGACUCGGAGAACUAUGUCGAGUGCAGCGAUUGCUUUUCCACCCAAAGAGAUUGUGGAAUUUCCUUUCUCCGGCCAUGGAAUUCUGUAAUCAAGAUAGCAGGUACCAGCCUUCCAGUGGCGAUUACACCAGCCAGCAUGAGCAUGAACAGUCGACUCGGCCAUGUCGAUGUUGGUGGUUUACAUAUCGCUGUGGACGCCUGCGCAGGAGUUCAUUUGAUCAAGUUUCGGUAA